CUCACUUUGAAACUCAUCCUCCAAAGUCAAAUAGGAGUCAAAAGUGAGGAAUUCCGUCUAUCGUCAUCAAAAACGAAGAGAGAGGGGAAAGAGGAAUGGUUCAGCAAGUUUCCUAAAUAUACUUCAUAACUUGAUUGUGGGUAAGAGUGAAGACCAGGCUGGACGUGUGGGGACCUCCAGGCUGGUGCUGAAACCUUCAGCUAGCAUCUCAGGUUUUUGAAGUUCAGCAAUGGAGUCUUUCUCUGCUGAGACCAAUUCAACUGACCUACCCUCACAGCCCUGGUAUGAACCCCAAAUAAUUCUCUCCAUGGUCAUUCUCAGCCUCACCUUCUUACUGGGAUUGCCAGGCAACGGGCUGGUGCUGUGGGUAGCUGGCCUAAAGAUGCAGCGGACGGUGAACACAGUUUGGUUUCUCCAUCUCACGCUGGCGGACUUCCUCUGUUGCCUCUCCUUGCCCUUCUCCCUGGCUCACUUGGCUCUCCAGGGACACUGGCCCUACGGCUGGCUCCUCUGUAAGCUCAUCCCCUCCAUCAUUGUCCUCAACAUGUUUGCCAGUGUCUUCCUGCUGACUGUCAUUAGCCUGGAUCGUUGCCUUUUGGUACUCAAGCCAAUCUGGUGCCAGAAUCACCGCAAUGUGGGGACAGCCUUCACUAUCUGUGGAUGUAUAUGGGUGGUGGCUUUUGUAAUGUGCAUACCUGUGUUCGUGUACCGGGAAACAUUCACUAUAGGCAACCGUGACGUGUGUGGCUACGAUCUUGGCUUCUACGGCUCAUUAGAUUAUUCAGACUUCACCAUUGAUCUACUGGAAAAUGGAUCUCUUGACAACUCCAUUGUUCAGCUGCCUGGAGAAAUGGAUGCAAGGCUGCAGGCUUUCUCUGAACGAACCAAUGAUCUGCCUUGGACAGCCACCACUAUCUUCCAUUCUCAAACAUUCCAAAGACCUUCUGGACAGUCACUCCCUAUAGAUCCAGCUAAAUUAUCUAGUCAACCUCCAUAUGAUAACUUAUUUAAGCCUGCGAAUGAGGUCUCACCUAUAGUCCCCAGUGGGUUUCCCAUUGAAGAUCACAGAGCUAACCCAUUCGAUUUAGAGCUUUACUCUGACUCUUCCAGCAAUUUCUCAAACUUGUAUGAGCUAUUCCAAGAUUUCCAGGGUGAUUAUUUAGGCCAGUUUUCAUAUAACAAUCAAGUACUAACCCCCCGGGGGGCAGUAACCAUCACCAGACUAGUGGUAGGUUUCCUUCUGCCCUCUUUUGUCAUGGUGGCCUGUUACAGCCUCAUUAUCUUCCGAAUGCGACGGGGCCGCUUCACCAAGACUCGGAUCAAAACCUUGAAAGUGGCCAUGGCUGUGGUGAUUGUCUUCUGCGUCUGCUGGGCUCCAUACCACAUUGUUGGGGUCCUAUCAUUGUUUUUUGACUCAGAAACUCCCCUUGGAGAAGCUCUGCUGUCUUGGGACCACGUGUGCAUCGCUCUCGCGUCGGCCAAUAGUUGCUUUAAUCCCUUCCUCUAUGCCCUCCUAGGAAAAGAUUUUAGGAAGAAAGCAAGGCAGUCGAUGAAGGGCAUUCUGGAGGCAGCUUUCAGUGAAGACCUCACACACUCUACCAGCUGUCCCCAAAGCAAAGUCUUUACGGAAAGAAAUAGUAUCAGUACAUCUGUGUGAAAAUACGGAGCGGUUGACCCCAGCAGAGGUUCUUAGGUAUUCACCCAGUGUGCCAUUUUCUAAAACAAUAAGGGAUAUUGUGAGCAGGGGAUUUCAGAAACCAUCAAAGAAUCAAUCCAGAGGUUCUCAAAGUAUGAGCCCAGGCUAGGGGCAUCCGCAUCACCUGGAAACUUGCUAGAAUCUCCAAGAAACUUGCUGAACCAGAAUGUCUGGGGGUGGGGCUCCAGAAAGUGUUUUAACAAGCUCUCUUGUUUCUAAUGAAUGCUAAAUUUGAGAAUUGUAAAAAUUAGUCUAUUUCUAUCCCAACCUAAGCUAAAUGAAACCAACGAGAACCUAGUCUGUUUCAAAAUGAUUUUUCCAUCAUGAAAUUUUUUUUUAUCGUUAUUUAUUUUUGAGAGAGAGGGAGAGAGAGAGAGCAUGAGCAGGGGAGAAGCAGAGAGAGAGGGAAACACAGUAUCUGAAGCAGGCUCCAGGCUCUGAGCUGUCAGCACAGAGCCUGAUGUGGGGCUCGAACUCAUGAACCGUGAGAUCAUGACCUGAGCCGAAGUUGGAUACUCAAUUGACUGAGCCACCCAGGCGCCCCAAAUUUUUUUUAGUAUUGUCUGAAUCCCUCCCCACCAGAUUCAAUUUAAAACCAUUCCAUCUAGUCUUACCUGAGUGAAAGAUGAUCAUCUAUUUAUGGCUCUGUUGUGGUGGUGGUGAUAUUUUUAAAUGAAAAGAAGGUACAAAAGGAAAGAAAAAGUCUAUGAAAACAAGCAGUUAUGAGACGGAGUCUGGAAGCAGAGUACAAUGUCAGGUGCUUGCUAUGUGCGAUACUUCCAGAUAUAGGACAUGGGAAUUCCAAUGGGAAUUCCAAAUUUCCAUUAUUCCAAUUAAAUAGGCAUCUACUGUGUAAGGACAGGCUGCUAAGGCAUCUGAAAACUUCCUCACGAAAUGGCACGUGAGCUGUGGUUUGUGGAGUUUUCUAUUUGUUUACUCAGUCUCCCUAUUGAGAGAACCAUCUCUCUUCCAUUCGUUUUCUUAAACUCUAUUCCCUUAAUCCCACCCUACCCUGGCCUCUAAAUCUUCUCCCAUAUUAGACUUUGUGCAUCUAAUAACCUCUAAUUUCAUAAGAGUCAAACUUGAAACUUGCUUGAAACUAAUGCUUGAAACUAAUACCCUCACCCCCCCACCCCCACCCCCCAGCCAAACUCAUUUCAAGUGAAAAGGGAAAGAGGGUAGAGGACAGAGCAGGAAUCCUUGAAUUCAUUGCCUGAUGACUGAGUACCCCCCCCCCCCCCCCGGGAAGACCAUCACACUUUGGAAAGCAUGGCUACAGGUGUAGAUCAUUCACCGGAUGUGUCUCUUGGGGCUUUUUAAAAUUAUUCUUUAUCUUUUCCAAAGUAAAACAUGCACAUAGUUUAAACAGCAUUCCCAGCUUAUACUGAAAUGUAAAAAGUUUCCUGCCCCACUCUGCGGAACCAAUCCCUCCUCCUACACCCAUCUCCCAGAAAUAACACUUGUAGCAAUUUUAGAUGUUUCUUCUGAUGUUUACCAUGUUAAGUCAUGUGCUUAUGCAGCUAGUUUUUUAUACAUGAUAAAGUGACUUCUUGUUUUGGAAGAUGAAGCAUUUUAACCACAUUCCUCAUUUUUGUGUAUCCAUCAUCCUAACAUUCAUUAACCAUCAUACGUUAAUUUGCUCAUGACCACACAUUUUCUUCUCCUCUGUGGAUCCAUUCCAACCAUAUAUAUGGCUUUCCUUCCAUCCUUGUUUCAUUCUUUUAAAAAAAAAAAAUUAUUUAACUCUAUCACCUUCUCAUUUUUCUGGGUAUAUAAACUUGUAUGUGUUCAACCUCUAAAAUUCCAGGUUUCUUUGUACUACAAUAUAGCCUCAUCUAAGUGGAAUAUAAUUAUUUAAUCUAAAAAAAAGAGAAAAUGAGAUGUUUUAGACUUGCAAGAUACUGUUAUUUGUUCAAUGGUUGAGGUAAGGAUCGAGACUACAAAUAAGUUAUAAAAUACUAUGCAGAAAAAUUGCAAAUCACUGGCAAUUCUCCCAAUUGUGAGGUAACAAUGUCUAACGUGAUGUAAGAUUUGCAAUGGCACCUUCCAAUGUAAUCUGCUGACCUAAUUGAUAUGAAUAAAUGCUUUCUUUCUUGUGGUUC